UCUCUGUCAUGUUUGUAAGGGGAGGUUGAGGUGAGGGGUAUUCAGCUGCAACAUGCAACCUCACCACCAGGUGUCACUAAAUUCUACACACUGAACCUUUAAAUACACAGUGGAUGACGGUAAUGCACGUUGAUGUUAAUUGCUUGACUUAAUGGCAAGGGGGUGGGCUAGGAUCAGACAAUUGUGUCCAACCAAAGAAGUUCUUCUUUUUUCGGUUUAUUGAACCAACUUCAAGGUGCAUUGCUGUCAUCUGCUGCUGUACUUCUCUUUCCCUUUUCAUUACUUCGUUACUUAGGGAAUUAAAAGAUAAAAAGCUUUUUAAAAAGCAGGUCGAUGCAUGUAUUGCGUAGUGAUUAAAGUAAUAAAAGUGGCUUCAAAGUGAUGUGGAAUGCAUAUGGAAUGUAGGGGAAUGCCUUUGAUCUAAAAGUAAAUAAUAAUACAUAAUCAGAUGUCCUGUAAACACAGUCCUCUUAACACCUAAACUAUAAAGUAUUUCAGAAGGGAAAAAUAGGACUCUACAACAUGUCGAGGAGACACAGCUAUCAAUUGGCAAACAAAAAAAGAAGACAGAACAAAGAACAAAGAAUCUUUCAAAAAUGGUGAGUAUUUCUGUUAAACACAGUCUCUGAGGAGGAGUUGAUGUGGGAUCUGGGUCAAUGAGCUCACUACAGAGGUAGAAAUGUACAAUGUCAAUCGUUUAGAUACAUUUUUUGAGACACAAUUUUUUGUGUCGCCCUUUGGAGGAUGUUAGGUAAUGUAAAGGGAUAGAGAAAUACAGCAGUAGAUUUCAUUAAUGUACCUUUAGUGGUGGUUGCCACUUGGUAAUAAACCAGGCAAAGAAGAAGAAAAAUCAUUUAAAAUACACUGUAACAGGGAUAAUAAUGGUGGUGACUGACCUUUGAUCGCUUUUUUGUUUCUAAAGCGAGAAUGUAUCACCUUUCAUGUCGGCCAGGCCGGCGCACAGAUUGGAAAUUCAUGUUGGGAGCUCUACUGUUUGGAGCAAGGCAUCCAGCCGGAUGGUCAGAUGCUCGACAACACGAAGGGUGGAGGUAUAGAUGCCUCCUUCAACACCUUCUUCAGUGAGACUAAAGCUGGCAAACAUGUUCCCAGAACUAUUUUUGUCGACCUGGAGCCAACAGUCAUUGAUGAAGUGCGAACUGGAACCUACCGCAAGCUCUACCACCCUGAGCAGCUGAUCUCGGGUAAGGAGUGUGCAGCCAACAACUACGCUCGUGGUCGCUACACUACUGGACAAUAUGUAAUCGAACAGGUUAUGGAUAGGACUCGUAAACUGGCUGACCAGUGCACAGGGCUCCAGGGUUUCUUAAUCUAUCGCUCCUUUGGAGGAGGAACUGGCUCAGGCUUCACCUCUCUGCUGAUGGAGCGUCUCUCUGAAGAGUACGGCAAAAGGUCCAAGCUGGAGUUUUCCAUCUACCCAUCUCCUCAUUUGUCCACAGCUGUGGUGGAACCCUACAACUCCAUCCUGACCACCCACACUACCCUGGAGCACUCCAAUUGCACCUUUCUGGUGGACAACGAGGCCAUCUAUGACAUCUGCUCCAGGAACCUUGACAUGGAGCGCCCCUUCUACACCAACCUCAACAGGCUGAUUGGACAGGUUUCCUCCUCCAUCACCGCCUCCCUGCGCUUCAACGGUGUCCUGAAUGUCGAUCUGAUCGAGUUCCAGACCAACCUGGUGCCCUACCCCCGUAUCCACUUCCCUCUGGCCACCUAUGCCCCAGUUAUCUCUGCAGAGAAGGCCUAUCACGAGCAGCUCUCUGUGGCUGACAUCACAAACGCCUGCUUCGAGCCAGCCAAUCAGAUGGUGAAAUGCGACCCUCGUCACGGCAAGUACAUGUCCUGCUGCCUCCUGUACCGUGGAGACGUGGUGCCCAAAGAUGCCAACUCUGCCAUCGCCACCAUCAAGAACAAGCGUACCAUCCAGUUUGUGGACUGGUGUCCCACAGGCUUCAAGGUGGGCAUCAAUCACCAGGCCCCCACUGUGGUUCCUGGUGGAGACCUGGCCAAAGUGCAGAGGUCCGUGUGCAUGCUGGGCAACACAACCGCCAUCGCAGAGGCCUGGGCUCGACUGAACCACAAGUUUGACCUCAUGUACGCCAAGAGGGCCUUCGUCCACUGGUACGUUGGAGAGGGAAUGGAGGAGGGAGAGUUCUCUGAGGCCAGGGAGGACAUGGCCGCUCUGGAGAAAGAUUAUGAAGAGGUUGGAUCCAGCAGUGUUGUCGAGGAGGAUGAAGACGAAGAGUAUUAGAUAACUCCCUGUUACCUGUUCUCUAUUAAUGCCUCCUCAAAGAUGAACUCACUCGUGAACUUUGUGGCACCGCAGCCGAGGUCAACAUCGCUCACUUCUCCUCUACGCUACUGUAUUCAGAGGACAGUGUGAAAUCUGACAAUAAAUAUAAUAAAAAAUAUUUUCCUAAUUUGAUUUGACAGUCAGUCGUCAUAAUGCUAGUUUGACAUUAUGAUGUGUCUGGACUUUUGCUGGAGUAUUGAGCUGCAAUCUCAGGCUAAACAGCAGUUUUUAACCCUGCUCACAGCAUGGCUCCGGGGACAUCAGUCAGAUGGUGAUCUGGAUGGACUGAAUGACAUGCCUCAACUCGUUGCUGUAUUUACUGCCAAUUAGCAAAUAUUGAACAUGAUAAACAUACUUGCUCAAUACUGUCAGUAAACCAUAAGCAUUCUGAUUGUAAUUUACCUCCGUAGUUUCAUAUGGUCAUGUAAUCCAAAGAUCCUAUUACAGGAAGAACAAGUUCUGGUUUCAACAUACCAAACUUGAAAGUAUCAGUGAACAGGAGAACCUUGGAUCAUUUGUCAGUUUACAAGGUGGAGAUGGAAGCGAUGGCAGCAGCAUUACAUUGGGUAGAAGAGUUACAAUUUAGGAAGGUUGUUUUGUGUACAAGACUUGUGUUCAGCAUUAAUUUCAUUAAAGUAAUUUUCAUCUAACAGAAGGCAAGACUUAGUUAAUGAGAUAUUUGAGAGGCUGUGUAGAGUGGGUGGAUCCAGGAGCUUUUUUAUUCUCUCUCUGUGAGAUAGUGUGUUUCCCAACAUGUUCAUUGUUUCACAGAGAAUAAUUCAUGGAUCUAGAACAAACAGGCAUUUGUAGGGGAAUGAUGUGUAUGAGUGUUUGAUUUAGUGCAGAUCCAAAUAAAAAUCUGGGUUCAUAAGUGGACUGUUUGGCCUUGGCACUCUAGGUAGUUUCUGUCUCCAAUCUACCAUAUCUCUAAACUAUCUUUUUAACCAAAUCAAACUAUUUAUGUUGUAUUAUAUGUCUUAUGUGAUCUAGUGUACUAACUAAUGUCAAAUGAUUUAACUUCCAUUCACUGAGCCUCCAUUCCGAUAUAAACAGGAGAAGUGAGGGAAUAAAAAUAAACUUUAUCUAUGCAGCACUUUUCCAAACAAGAUGCUUUGCGAGUUAGAAAUGAAACAAUGAAGGCAAACAAUAGGAAACAGAUGAAAGCAAUUUGGAUGAUCACACAAUGACAGAAUAGCAUGCUUUUUAUUUAUUUUAAACAAACUUUAUUAUAGGCAGUCAACAAACAAAGUCAACAAACAUAUCAAACAGAGUAGAUGAUGAAUAAAUGCAUAAUGGAUAAAGAUGUGUGUUUUAAUGUUAUGUUUUGUUGUACUGUUCCAUUUCCUUCAUAAAUACA